AUGUCGCAUGGUGAAGAGCCAAGAUGGGAGUCGCGAUGUCUGGAACUUCGAACGUAUUGUGAGUGAUCCCUGCCUAUUUAACAUACUCGACUCCAGUCUUAUCUGUGGGAUGCCGCGACUACGCGCAGAGACACAGAUUACCUCCUGAAGCUGAGCGAGAUGCUCAGAGGUACGUGAACAUAUAAUUCUCCAGUUGUGCCAAGAAUCUCUGUUGGAUGGGCAAUGUAUGUCCAUUGUGAAGAUGGGAUAUCACUCCAUUCUUUCUCCUAUUGAUCUAUCUUUACAAAAAGACAGAAAUUAUCAGAGGUCUUGAGAGGCUCCAGAUGUUACAGAAAAGGAAACUUGCACACGGCUGUCAGCUUUCGAUGGAAUGAUUUGUUCAGACAAUGGAUCGUGCAGAUCACACGCCGCCCAAAUCCAGUUCAUACCUGGAACUAUGCGAGCUAUCACCCCAAGCCGGGCGUGAAUGAGAGCCUUCGAAAGACCAAGUGUGACUGA